GGACAGCUUCCAAGCUGCACAAUUGGGACUCAAACGAAGAGAACCACAGUUCAAACAUGCCAUGAAUAGAUAGCUAUCCGAUAUACAUAUAUAUAUAAAAUUGUCAAAAUGGAACGCGACAUCCCGCUCCCACCACCGCGUCGCGCCCGUCAACCAGCUUUGCCCGGGCACCUCCCUCACCGCAGCGACCAUUUCACAUUCGACUGCAACUUACCGUCCAGCGACCCCCCGCUGUUCUCCAGUGAUGAUUUUCAAUCUUCCGCGCUCGAGAACUAUCGUAAUAGCCCUGAGCAGCAGGAACAACAGCAGCAGUUGGGGAACGCGCCGACGCGUUCUGGUAGCAGCGGCAAUAAGGCACAGACGAAGACAAAGAGGAAACGGCAAUAUCGAGGUACAUGGUGGGGAAAGGAGGAAGGAAAGAAGAAUAACGAUGCCGUGACUGAAAAGAGGAGGCGGACGGAGUUUAAAAACAAGCGCAAUUUAGACAGUGGGGUGUGGCUCGGCAGCGAUGAUUCUGUGGAGUCGGCAUUGUCAAAUAGGAGCGGAUUGGAGGGGAAUGAUCACCAUGAGCGUUUUGUUCUUGGCCCGUCUUAUACUACGGAUAUUGGUGGUGUAGGUGCUGCUACUAAAGGCAGGAAUGGAGAUAGGGAAGCUGGGGAACAGCAAGCUGCGCUCUUAUGCGGCCCUGCAUUUGCACGGAGUCGUCAAGUUGCUAGAGAGAAUUCUACCAAGCCGAUGCAGGUGGACGAGCCAUAUCAACAUCGCCACGCGCGGCAAAUUAUCGCGGAUUGUCUUGAGACGGGUCAUGAGUUUAUUGACAUCUCAAAUCUUAACCUGCGCACUAUUCCCCCCGGCCUCCUCCGACCAGUCUCGCAAUUCACAAAAUACCCCAUCAUUGAGGAGAUGGAUAAAAUAUCCUCUUUAGCCCGCGCCAACCACGAGCAAUUUUUUAGCUCCUUCGAGCCCUUCCUCUGUCUGUUCAUGACAAACAAUCAACUGAAAACCCUACCAGCCGAAGUCUUCGAGCUCUCCAAUCUCAGAGUGCUAAGCGUACGCCACAACGAGCUCGAACAGAUCCCGGGCGCCAUCGGCAACCUGACAAAGCUGCGCGAACUGAAUGUGGCAGGGAACCAGCUCUCGUAUCUGCCGAUUGAGGUGUUCCACCUAUUGCAGAAAUGCGACACGCACAUGAAACAGCUGACUGUACAUCCGAACCCGUUUGUGAUGCCUGAUAGCUCAAAUGUGGCAGAAUGGCAUUAUCAUUUCGAGUCAGAUGAAAACCAGCAAGAAGUCGUAGCUGAAGUCAUGAGCCCGCCUUCAUCCACAAAAAUAUGUCCAAGAUCCGCAGGCUCAAGGCCCAUACCCGUUCCUAUUGCAAGAGGUAAGGUGCAAUUUUUCGACGCAGAGGGACGUCCAAUUGACACAACCGAGCCAACCACCAAUUCUAACACCAGCACCCUACCCCCACUUCCUCCUUUUUCUUCUGCAUCAGCAUCGUCAAUGCGCUCUCCCAGUCUCUGCGACCUCGCCCUUCGCGCCUACAACCGUGGACCCCAAAUCUCGCAUCUCAUCGACCCGGUCACCUUCGCUGGACCUGCCAUUAUCCUUGACCUUCUAAAACACGCUGAAAAGGUCCGAGAUGCAGGCGGCAAGAAGUGUCCGGUUUGUGCGCGGUCAUUUGUGAUUACACGCGCCCAGUGGAUCGAGUGGUGGGAUUGUGAGUCGUAUAGUGUGAGUCGAUAUAAUGACGGCGGCUAUGAGGAUGAUCAUGAUUCUUCACGUGCAUCUAAGGUGGAGAGAUUUCGGAUCGCGGGGGUGGCGAUGAAGCCCCUCCCGUUUAUGAGUGAAGUUUGUUCUUGGGGGUGUGUGCCCACGUUUGAAUCAUGGCGAGGAGGGGCUGGGAAAGCGAAGUGAAUAGGGGUUCGUCCUGUUACUGUACAUGGCUCACCCUGUCUUCUGCAUAGCGUUGGGCGCUAGUUACGGAGCGAAUACCCCCAGAUAUAUUAUGUGACUUAACAGCUGUGGAUAUAUAAAUAUAUAUGUAAUUUUUUUUUGGC